UUCCUUUCACCUCUGAGUCAGAAGAAGACGGCAGCAAGCGUUGACAAUCCACAAUCCUGGGAUUCUUGUUUGGGAUAUUUGAUCUCUCAUUAUCAAUCUAUGACAGCUCCUGUCCUAACAACCAAGGAUAAUGGCCAAUAAGAAGAAAGUAAUAGUAACAGGUUUUGAGCCUUUUGGUGGGCAUGCAGUGAACUCCAGCUGGGUGGCAGUACAGGAACUGGAGAAGUUAGGUCUUGGUGAAGCAGUAGACCUCCAUGUGUGUGAGGUUCCUGUUGAAUACCAGGCUGUUCAAGACCUACUGCCUUCCCUGUGGAAAGAGCCCCAGCCACAGCUGGUUGUCCAUGUGGGUGUUUCUGGGUUAGCCACCACUGUGACUCUGGAGCAGUGCGGCCACAACAAAGGUUACAAACGUCUGGACAACUGCAGCUUCUGCCCGGCCUCCCAGUGCUGCAUGGACAGCGGCCCCGACUGCAUACAAUCGGUCCUGGACAUGGAAACAGUCUGCAAAACAGUCAAUGGCUCUGACCUUGGGGUCACUCUUUCUGUGUCCAAAGAUGCUGGAAGGUAUCUGUGUGACUACACCUACUACACCUCUCUGUACCUGGGGCACGGCCACUCUGCCUUCAUCCAUGUGCCUCCUCUUGGGAAACCCUACAGCAGCCAGGAUCUGGGGCGAGCUCUGCAGGCCGCCGUGCAGGAGAUGCUGAAAAUACUGGAACUGGAUCCUGAACACAACAAGCAGUGCAAUCACGAGCAUCAUCAGCAGCAGCAUCAUCAUCAUCAUCAUCAUCAGCAUCAGCAUGACCACGUAUGACUUACAGGCAGUGAGUGCUGGUUGACUAUCUUGGGGUGAGCACUGUGCUGACCCCAAGAUAGUCAACCAUUAGCUCCAGAAAGUAAUGGCCUUAACUGGGUGCUUUUACCUGUAAUAUCCGUGCCAUUUGUAAACCAUGUUAAAAAAUAUUGAAAGUUUAGUUUAUUCUAGAUCUGGUCUUGGUUCUUUACAUGUGUGUGCAGGAGCAGUGGGCACCUGUGAAUAUCAACCAUUCCUCUUCCUUGGACACAACUGUGAAAAUAGAUGUUAACAACAAUUAUAGUUGUAUUAACAUUGUAUGAUGUGAAAGGGGAUUUAUGUGACGACUUUAACAUACAAUAGUAGCUGAAACGCCAAUUAUUUGCAACACAUUGUGGGAACAUUUACAGCUUCACUAAUGUUUAAAGCCACACCUUCUGCCUGUGAGUCUGUCCUCUCACUUUCAAGUGUUUUUUUUUCUCCAGUCUUACACCUCCUAUUGGUAUGAUUUGUGUUUUGUCUUGAAAUUAUGCUUUCAUGCUCCAUUGUAUUGCUUACAUUUGCAUUAGAGAAAUAUGAUUAUAUUGAAUUGAAAUGUUAAUAUUCACACUUAAUGUUAAAAAUUGUUUGCUUAUCUCAGGGAAUAUAUUGCACACACAAUCGAUAUUAAGUAAUCUGAUCAAUUGUGAUCAAUGUGUCUGUCCUAUGUACAGUAUGUAGUGCACCUUUGCAAGGCAAAGCUAUCUUCAAACUGUUUAUUAUUAAAACACGUAAAACAG